AUGAAUCCCAGCCCUGAGCGUGGCAAAGAGUGCCUCCCUCCCAAGAAGAGGGAGUCUCGGCAAGGAUCGGCAGAACCCUCCGUCCCUCUGGAUGAGUUUAAACCUCCUGUGCCACUCCGGAGUCGCUUCAUUGCCCAGAGAGGAGAGGGAGGCAGGGAGAGCAGCAGAGAGGUCAGCGACAGGGACAGAGUGCUUUCUAAUCCAAACCCACACCUCAUGCAGAGUCCGCCCCCACUUCCUGCUCCAGCACCGGGCCUCCCUGUGCCUCUACCAUGGCCGCUGAGCUACUCUCCCUCCGUCCCUCUUCCCCUUUUCCCCGGGCAGGUCAGUGAGAGGCGGAGCUCAGGAUCUCCAGGUUGGAGAGAUGAUCCUCUCGGAUCACCCCUGCCACACCACUCCCGGUGGCUUAGAGGGGAUGGUCCCCUGUCAUUGCCACCCUCCCCAUCCUCUUCCUCCUCUUCGUCCUUUAAAGCACCCUUCCCAGCCAGUUCGAGAGAUAUGUGGUCCUAUAUCAACAGCAGCCGGCGGGACUACAGCCCGUCUCUCUUCUCACCUUCAUACUUGUUUAGCCCUCAUUGUCUGUACCCACAAGACCCAGGCUUAGUGGAGAUGAGGCACCGGUCCUUGAACAAAAGAUCCAAUGGCUUGGAUGGGCCAGGCAGCAGGACUGCCUCAGCCUCCCGAGCUCUGCUCACGGGUGAUUACGGGAAUGAUAGCAGCAGAACUCGACUGGACGUCGGCCUGCACAGCGCCCACGCCAACGGCGGACGGAGACAGCAGGAGGAUCUUCCAUCUCGUGCGCAUUCUGGAGGGACAUUUCUGUCAGACUCUCAAGCUCAGGAGGCCCCUGAGCUACAUUCCUCACUGCAGGAUAGGCAUCUUCAUGAGAAAACCGGCUCAAUUUUACUCUCCACCAGCCCUCAUCCCCUUGGACCAGACUCAAGGACUGGUAGAGCGGGGCAUUUGGACCAUCUGGGGGUCACUCCAGCUGAGGCUCAAAUGUAUUACUCUUUGGGAUCAGUUUCUCACCCAAGUCCUCAGGCCCAGGCCUACCCACUUUACAGCUCCUCAGGAUCACCUCCAUACAAUCUGCACAGGGAACCAGAAUCCAGGCAGCACAAUCUGGGAAACUCACCACAAUCACCCCGUGGUCUGCCAAACAGCCAUGACAGAUCACAUGGAGAUCGGGACAGAGAUCAAGAUAGGGACAAGGUUCUACAAAGAGACAGGGGAAGAGGUAAGGACAAAGAGAAGCAACAAAAGGACAAAGACCAAGAAAUAGACAGUGAUCGUGAGAGGCGACGUGACAGAGGGAGAGAUUUGUCUCCUUCUUGUCUUCCCUCCUCAUCUCCAGCCCUUCGCCUCUCUCCCCCUCCGCUCCUACCUCACUUCACCAAGGGGUCUCUGAUUGAGUUGGCCAGUGGGAGGUUGAAGCGAGUGGAAGAGCUGCAGACAGAGGACUUCCUCAGAAGUGCAGCUACAUCCCCAGAGUUCCACCUCAGCACCUGCACUGUCCUGCUGAUUUCCUCCAGCAGCACACAGGGCUUCAGCCACCUGCAGGUCCAUCUGACGGACCGCAACACUCAGGAGCUACUGAAGGUGUUGGUGGAGUACCCGUUCUUUGUGAAGGGCCAUGGCUGGUCUUCUUGCUCUCCCCUGAGAACCACCCAGGUGUAUGGCCUGCCUUGCCGCCAGCUCACUGAGGGCGAUGUCUGCCUGGCCCUCACACCCACCCAAACCCACCGGACGCACACACGUACCAGCUCCAGAGCCCAUCGCACACAACUCCUCUCAAGGUCUGCAGCGGAGUCCAGCAGCACGCAAAGGGAAGAGAUGCCACCUCCACCUCCUCCUCCCCCUCUUCCUCACCAGCCACCUCCUCCAGCGCCAGCCCCUCCGUGCACCAUAGCUGUGGAGCCUCCGGCUAAGGAGCAGCAGCGUCCACGCAAAAGGCGCUGGUCUGCACCGGACAGCCUUCCCUCAACCGGAACUGAUGAAAGCCUCUUGGAUUUACCUCAUGGCUCCAAGCUAAUGAAGUGGCAGUAG